CCAAGGAACCAAACGCAGCGGAGAAAUCUCACAUGUAAAUAGCCUCGUCGACAAUCUCGCCCUUUCCAUGUGAUUUUGCCUCUCUCUCUCUCUCUCUCUCUCUCUCUCUCUCUCUCUCUGCUUCCUCCUUGAAGAAGUUGCGGUUGCAGAAUGAAGACGAAGUAACGCCUUCUCCGUCGGAUUUACUUCCUCCUUUAGCCGCCGUCGCCGAGAUUCCAACUCUCCCCGGCAGAGAUCUCAUCGUUUGUGCUAGGAAUGAGGACCGCCGCCGCCACUGCCGCCGCCGCUUCCAAGCCUGUUUACCCUCUCUCCGUUUUCGAGCACAAGAGGGAUGCAUAUGGAUUUGCUGUGAGACCUCAGCAUGUGCAGAGAUACCGGGAGUAUGCUAAUAUCUACAAGGAGGAAGAAGAAGAAAGGUCAGAAAGGUGGAAUAAUUUCUUGGAACAUCAUGUGGAAUCGGUCGAGUCUUCUGCAGAUGGAUCACCUGGAAAUAGCUGCAGACUGCCUGAUGAAAAUGAGAAGAAAAGAGAGGAUGAAUUAAAUAAAGACGCUGAAGGAGAAGGUUUACAUACUGAUAAAUCGGAUUCUGAUGGAACUCCUGGAAAUGGUAGAGAGGAAGAUGGACGCCCCAAUGCAGAGAAGAAAGUUCACAGGGUCCAAUUAUGGACUGAAAUCAGACCAUCUCUCCGAGCAAUUGAGGACUUGAUGAGUGUACGUGUAAAAACGAAGAAGGAUGCAUUAAAUGAAGAGCAAGAUGCUCAAAAGACAAAAUCUUCACCUUCAUUGGAUGAUGCAAAAUUUUCCAAGGGAGCAUCUGAAAAUGAUUCUGAAGAUGAGUUUUAUGAUGUGGAGAGAUCAGAUCCAGUUCAAGAUAGUUCUUCUUCAGAUGGUACAAGUGUCUCCGGCAUGUCUUCUGUUGCCGAGGCAACUUCCACGAUAGCAGCAUGUCCCUGGAAAGAAGAACUCGAAGUACUUGUUCGUGGAGGUGUUCCAAUGGCGCUUAGGGGUGAGCUUUGGCAAGCAUUUGUGGGUGUGAGGAAAAGGCGGAUGGAGAAUUAUUACCAGAAUCUGCUUGCUUCAGAUAGUCCAGUAAGCAAUGGAGAGCAGGAGUUUGUGCAGCUUGCCGAUGAUAAAGGUUCAAGUCUGGACUCCAUUGCUGCUGUGGAAAAAUGGAAAGGACAAAUAGAAAAGGAUUUGCCUCGGACAUUUCCAGGUCACCCUGCCCUAGAUGAUGAUGGCAGAAAUGCUUUGCGGCGAUUGCUUACUGCUUAUGCGCGACAUAAUCCCUCUGUUGGAUAUUGUCAGGCCAUGAAUUUCUUUGCUGCACUUUUAUUGCUUCUGAUGCCUGAAGAGAAUGCAUUUUGGACGCUGAUAGGAAUCAUGGAUGACUACUUCGAUGGUUAUUAUUCAGAAGAAAUGAUUGAGUCUCAGGUUGACCAACUAGUUUUGGAGGAGUUGGUUCGAGAAAGAUUUCCUAAACUGGUUCAUCAUCUUGAUUAUCUGGGAGUGCAAGUGGCGUGGGUUACAGGGCCAUGGUUUCUUUCCAUCUUCAUGAACAUGCUUCCAUGGGAAAGUGUUCUUAGAGUCUGGGACGUGCUUCUCUUUGAAGGAAAUCGUGUUAUGCUUUUCAGAACAGCACUCGCAUUGAUGGAACUAUAUGGUCCUGCUUUAGUUACAACAAAGGAUGCUGGAGAUGCUGUCACUUUGCUACAGUCCCUGGCUGGUUCAACAUUUGAUAGCAGCCAACUCGUUUUGACUGCUUCCAUGGGUUACCAAAGUGUACAGGAAAGUAGGCUGCUGGAAAUGAGGGGCAAGCACAGGCCAGCUGUGAUAGCUACACUUGAGGAAAGAUCGAAGGGGCUUCAAGCUUGGAGGGAUUCUAAGGGUCUUGCUUCCAAACUAUACGGUUUUAAGCAAGAUCCAAAGUCUGUUUCGGUGGAUUCGAGCAAAGUGUCACUGACAAAUGGGAAUUUGUCUCGUUCAGAGUCUGAAUCUAGUAAUGCAGAUGAAGUCUUAGUCAACCUGACUGGGGACGGGGAGGUAGACUCAGUUCAAGAUCUUCAAGCGCAGGUUCUCUGGUUGAAGGCUGAACUCUGCAAGUUACUCGAAGAGAGACGAUCAGCUAUCCUGAGAGCUGAAGAGUUGGAGAUUGCUCUCAUGGAGAUGGUCAAACAAGACAAUCGGCGGCAAUUGAGUGCAAAGGUUGAGCAGCUGGAGCAAGAAGUGACUGAACUCCGGAGACUCCUUUCUGAUAAACAGGAGCAAGAAAGUGCUAUGCUUCAGGUGUUGAUGCGGGUGGAGCAAGAACAGAAGGUUACAGAAGAUGCUCGUAGAUUUGCUGAGCAAGAUGCGGCUGCUCAGAGAUAUGCUGCUCAAGUGCUUCAGGAAAAAUACGAGGAGGCUGUUGCUACUCUCGCGGAAAUGGAGAAGAGAGCCGUGAUGGCAGAGUCCAUGUUGGAGGCGACUUUGCAGUAUCAAUCUGGUCAACUCAAAGCACAACCUUCCCCUCGGGCGAUGAAUCUGGAUUCACCUGCCAGGAACAACCAUGAUCAGUCACCCGAACCUCCUCAAAGGAAGAUGAGCUUGCUUACAUUCGGACUGGGAUGGCGUGACAAGAACAAGUCGCAGAAUUCAACACCCGAGAAGCUGAACGAGGAGAAGCCUAAGCCUUCGACCGAGGAACAAAACCCAGAAACCAGACCGAAAGAUAAGGAACCCCAAGACACUCCUCAGGUAUAACUCCGCCACGUUCUGUUAUUACCCUUUUUGACAUUUGAACAUUAUCAUAAGUGUUCAGAUAUAUAUAUAUAUAGAUAUAUUGUUUCUGUUGUUGGGUUGUUGAUGAACAAAAUAAUGAAUCCUGUGGGAAUGGUAUAUAUAGCCUCUGUGAUAAUGUAUGAUUUUGUUUUCCUAUUGUAAUUUCUUUUUUUUUUCUUUUGAAGUUGAUUUGUCUCAAAGAAUCGAACACGUUCCGGAUUGGUUCCGUUAAACUCA